AGUCCCAAAAUAUCCGGCCGGAGCGGAUGGCAGCGUAGUCUUAAAGGCGUUCACACUAGUCUACAAGUGCAGUAAAAUAAUGAUGCACAGAAGUUAGCAGGAUGGCAGCAGAUUCACACAACAUUGCGUGGAUUCUUACCUUCCUCCUUGUGUCAGAGGCCGUUUCCCCUUCCUCAGCCCAGUGUGUUGAUGGCACCUACGAGCAUGACGGGAAAGACUGUUGUCGCUGUGCUGCAGGUCAGCGUGUGGUGAAGCACUGUACUGAAAAUCUACAAUAUGGAGAAUGCGAUCUCUGUGAGCCUGGGACAUACAGCAGUAACCCUAAUAACCAGAUGCAAUGUGAACUCUGCACGUCCUGUGCACACCCCAAUGAUAACCUAGAGGAGAAAGAACCCUGUACCCCUGCCAGGGACACAAAAUGUCAAUGUAAAAAGGAUCACUUUUGUGUCAGUAACACAGGAAUCUGUAAACUCUGCCACCCUUGUGAUAAAUGUGUUGAAAACGGCAUCAAAGUAGGCUGUACAAACAUCAGUGACACAGUCUGCAAUGACAAAGCUGAAGGGGGUGUUUCAGAGGGAAAUCAUGGAAGAGUAAUAGGCGGGAUAAUUGGUGGCAUAAUUGGAGUGAUUGUUCUCGUAGUGGUUGUAUUUGGUGUGUUUAGGUGGAGAAAGGGGAACAAGAAACGCGCUGAUGAAAAUCAAAAUGGAACUGAUGUGGAGGGGCGUUUACUUAGAGACAUCGGACCUCACCUGUCUGAUAUCGCAGAUGUGAUUGGAUGGAAACCUAUGCGGGAUAUAGCAAUGCGUGACAAAAUAUCAGAUGCUACUAUUGAUUCAUGCAAACUGAACUACCCUGGUGAUAGUCAGGAGCAGACACUCCAGCUACUAAAGAUCUGGGUGGAGAGUCAGGGCAUGAAUGCAGGGAAGAACUUGAUCCAGAGGCUCGAAACCAGUGGCAAAAGGAGCAAAGCUGAGGAAGUGAUGCAUAUUUUGGAUUGUGACAGUUAGAUGAAAUCCUCCAGCUUGAAUGUGCCUGUUGUGAACACUUUUUAAGAUAUUUUUUUAAGAGAUUUUAGAGGACUGUUGUGAUCUGCAGUUGUGUUACCUGAGAAUGACAUAAAGAAUUCACUGUUAUUGGUUUCUCAGUUUAUUAAAUAGCAGGCCAAGAUUUUCUGUCCUGUUUUCAUCAAGUUGAUUACACUGCUUGCACUGAUUUACUACUGAUUUACUAAGCUGUCUUCCCAUUUAUAUAAUUCAUAAUGUUUCUGAAUCAGCUGCCACAGUUUUUUAUUGUUAAAAAAAAAUCUUAAUAAAUGUACAGUUGUGUCAGCA